CCAUGUGACCAUGUCAGUCUCAUAUUUGAAUUAAGUACUACUACUACUCUACUGUACUUGUAUGAAUAUCAUCACGGAAAAAGAAGCAGCAAAUGAUCAUACACACGUCCAUCCUCCAAUUGGCAACAUAUUAUCUCCCAACAGCUGGACUUCCCCAAACAUAACCCAAAUUCAAUGACUAUUAUUCACUUUAUAUACACCAUUUUCUCAGCAAUUUCUCUUCAAACACAUGCUCAGAUUUUACUCAUUUUCUGGGAUUUUACACACUAACUAUAAUUGUCACACUCAACUCUAGAUAAAUUUGUGGUAAUUUCUUCACAUUAUCUUUGAAUUUCCCACUAAAUGGCUGCUAAAGAAGAAAAGGGUGAUGCUUGUUUAUCAACCCAAAGACAGAGAUUCUAUGUUGAACUUAAACCUGGUGAAACCACCAUUGUUUCUUGGAAGAAGUUACUAAGAAAAGCAAAAGAAAAAGAUCAGUGCCCUCUUAUUUCUUCUUCUGUUACUAAAGUUAAGGGCUUUUCUUCAUGUGGACCCACCUCUUCAUCUUCUCCUUUGGAUGACAAUUAUGAUGGUGGCCAGUAUCAUGAUUCUGUCAUUAGGAAUAAGAGAGUCAAACAUGUAAAUAGAGCCACACCAUCAGGCUACAUGCAACCGAGCAAGCGCAGAGGGACAAAAAUAGAAGGUGAGAAAAAUGAUAGUCAUUCAUCAAUAAAGCCAGGGGGACAGCAUAACAAAGAUAGGAAUCUACUCAAUGAAACUUUUAGACACUCUAGCUUACCCGCUAUGGUAAAAGAUGACCGAUCUGAAAAGCUGCAGAAAAUUACAGUGGAUCCUCAUUCCCCUGUCUUGGCCUAUUCAAAGAAAUCUUCAAGUCGUAGUAAAUCCAGAUGUCCACCUUUGAAUGCAGUUGAGGAUGCUCCAGUGUUUCCAUUAAUCACAAUGGAUGCUCAUUCCCCAUUAAUUACAAUGCCUGAUAUCCUGCAAAGCACUCAGAAUAUCACUUACAAAAAUAUCAAAGUAGGAGUUGAAGGUGAUACAUCUGCUGCUAUGCAUCAGAAUAUCGAGGGCCGAAGUCUUCCCGUAAAAGCCAGCUCUACUUCUACAUCUGAGGUUCUGUCACAUAAUAAGGUAUCGUCCAAAAGUCGGCAUAGUGACAAGAGUUAUGGAAGCAGGGAAAACGUUGAUACUAUGUCGUUGGGCCACAAGUCAUCGUUGAAAGAUUCAGUUCCAAAUGUGGUGAAAAUUAUUCAGAGAAAUCCUGAUCAAAUUCCUUGCGCAAAGAGGAAAUUUAUCCACUCAAGCAACAACUGUAAUCCCAUCCCUUCUCUUCCCAGCAAGAAAACUCCUAAGAAAGCAGCAAUAGAGCAGAAGCCGAAGCAGUUGGUCCUGGAGAAACCGAUUGUGAAAGUGAGAUUCCUUUUGAAGCAGGAGCAUGAAACUCUCAAAUCUAACGAGCAACCUGCCAAACACACGUUAAACCAGCCAAGAUAUGCUGCUCCUCAGACGUGCAGUGCAAACAACUGAUCUGAUAAGCUCAUCCUGUGAAAAAGUGAAUAUGUACGCGGUAUGUUUAGUAGCUUUCUUCGUGAUCGCUUAGGCAAAUGUUAUCCUGCAUGGCAACAGCGUGCGUAAAUUAGGUCUGUAUCACCCUCUUUUUGGUUUUAACUAGCGCCUAGCGGCAGGGUUGUGCACCAGCUCUAACGCCCUUACAGUUGUCCUUGCUGGGAAAUUUUGGUUUGUCCAAGCGUGCAGUUUCUGCAAGAUUGUAACAGUGAUCAGUGAUGGUAAAAUUACUAUUAGUUAUAGUAUUUGGUUGGUGAUUUGUAUCUUAAAUUCGUAUCCACAAUCUCAGAUGCAAGCAUAUGUUUGAAUAA